CUUGCCUUCAGAAGACGUCAGUCGCCAUCCGUCUCGCGUUCGGUUUAAGUCGUUUAAGUUGCUUUGAUUCCUGCGUAAAACUCAACUUGCUGGUACUCGUGAAGGUACUUAUUCGUGCCUUUCGCCACAAGUAAUUAGCGAUCCGACAAAGUGUUCUUCAUCGGUCGAAUAUUAAUAUUCAAUCAAAUACCUAUUUGCAAAUAAAUAGAUGAGUGUUAAUCGCUUCUUUGGAGACACAUUUUCGUCUGAAGCCAAAACCAGUUCGGCUUUUGGGAAUUUUCCAUAAGCUGCUGAAACGCCGGACUUGUGCAGUGUUUGUUGCUAGUGGAUGUGAUUAUGCCCGAUAUCAAGAUUACGCCCUUGGGGGCCGGCCAGGAUGUGGGUCGGAGCUGCAUUCUGCUGUCGAUGGGCGGCAAAAAUAUCAUGCUGGACUGCGGCAUGCAUAUGGGGUAUAACGAUGAGCGCCGCUUUCCGGAUUUCUCGUUCAUCGUUCCGGAGGGUCCCAUCACAAACCACAUCGACUGCGUCAUAAUAUCGCACUUCCAUCUGGACCAUUGCGGAGCCCUUCCCUAUAUGACGGAGAUGAUCGGCUAUACGGGGCCAAUUUACAUGACCCAUCCGACGAAGGCCAUUGCCCCGAUUCUGCUGGAAGACAUGCGAAAAGUUGCGGUGGAAAGAAAAGGUGAAAGCAACUUCUUCACCACGCAGAUGAUAAAGGAUUGCAUGAAGAAGGUGAUUGCCGUAACAUUGCAUCAGAGCGUCAUGGUGGACAGUGAGCUGGAGAUCAAGGCGUAUUACGCGGGCCAUGUGCUGGGGGCGGCCAUGUUCUGGAUCAGGGUCGGGUCGCAAUCGGUUGUCUACACCGGGGACUACAACAUGACCCCGGAUCGCCAUCUGGGAGCGGCCUGGAUCGAUAAGUGCAAGCCGGAUCUGCUGAUAACGGAGAGUACGUAUGCGACGACGAUUCGGGAUUCAAAGCGGUGUCGGGAGCGGGACUUUUUGAAGAAGGUACAUGAAUGCGUCGCUAAAGGAGGGAAAGUGUUAAUUCCGGUCUUCGCAUUGGGGCGUGCACAAGAGCUAUGCAUUCUACUCGAAACGUAUUGGGAGCGAAUGAACCUCAAAUACCCGAUUUAUUUCGCUGUGGGAUUGACGGAAAAGGCCAACAACUACUACAAAAUGUUCAUUACCUGGACCAACCAGAAGAUACGCAAAACUUUCGUACAACGCAACAUGUUCGACUUCAAGCAUAUCAAACCGUUUGAUAAGGGCUACAUUGAUAAUCCGGGAGCGAUGGUUGUCUUUGCAACGCCUGGAAUGCUUCACGCUGGGCUGUCCCUGCAAAUAUUUAAGAAAUGGGCGCCUAACGAAAAUAACAUGGUAAUUAUGCCUGGUUAUUGUGUCCAGGGAACUGUUGGGCAUAAAAUUCUCGGAGGUGCUAAGAAGGUCGAGUUUGAGAACCGCCAGGUGGUUGAAGUGAAAAUGUCUGUAGAGUACAUGAGUUUCAGCGCACAUGCAGAUGCCAAGGGUAUCAUGCAGCUCAUUCAAUACUGUGAGCCCAAAAAUGUAAUGUUGGUUCAUGGCGAAGCGGUCAAAAUGGAAUUCUUGAAGGAGAAGAUCAAAGAAGAAUUCCACAUCGAAUGUUACACACCAGCAAACGGAGAAACCUGCGUGAUAAAUACCCCAAUCAAGAUCCCAGUAGAAGCAUCUACGACUAUUUUGAAAGAAGAAGCUAAGAAGUACAAUGCAGAACCACCAGAUCCGAAGCGAAGACGUGUCAUCCAUGGGCUGCUGAUAAUGAAGGACAACAAAAUCUCACUGAUGAGCAUCGAUGAAAUCUUUAGCGAAUGCGGAAUCAAUCGUCACGUUAUCAGGUUCAUUUCGAAAGUGAAAAUUGACGAUCCCGGCCCUACUCUGCGGACUAUUGAAAAGCUGUACAAUUUGCUGAACGAGCGCUUAUCGGGCUGGACCGUAUCGAUGAAUGAAAACGGCUCGAUCAAUGUGGAAUCGGUCAACAUCACAAUCGAAGGAGACGAAUCAAUCGCAGGACCAGCGGGAUCGGCUUCGGUUCCUCCUCCACCACCAAACGCCCCAACACUGAACAAAAUUUGCAGCGUGUCGUGGGUUAACCAGGAUGAAGACCUGGGUAGCUAUAUUCUCGGUUUGUUGCAGAGCUUAUAGGGCUUGCUAGUUGUUUAAGACUCGAUUUAAGUGAUUGAUUUUUGUUUAUGCAAGUUUCUAGUAGUAGAAAAAAAGCGAAUAAAAUGGGAAACAUGACCUUUUCCUCAAUAAAAGUACAACAGUUA